UUUGUUGUGGCCUUAUAAAGAAAUUAAUUUUCUGUUUUUUACUUCUGCAGCUUGUGAAGAAUAUGUAGAUUUACCAGUGCUGCAAUCUGGUACUAUCUGUCAUCUGUACAGUUCGUGUACUGGUGUCACUUGUUGUAGCAGCUUCCCAAGGAUCAAUAGGAAUGUUAACACACAGUUAAAACUGGAUCCCUGUAACAGUAAAAUGAUCAUUGGUAUUGAGAAGUUUGAGAUUACCAUCAGCUUGUUUGGAUAUACAUAUGGGGAAGUCAAAAAUGUAAAAUUGCAUGGAGUGAUUGGUCUUGAAUUCAAGAUUGAAAACCUUGAGGAAGAAAGGAAAUUUAUAGUUGACCUAGAGAUGAGUAUAUGUAUGGAGACAAAUGGAACAUGUGAAAUAACUAUCCCUGUCUUGAUAAGUACAGCCCUACCAAAGGCACCAUGUGAUUGGAAGAAUGAUUAUGUUCAAUCAGAUUUUUCAUUCCUUGGUUUCCUGAAUGAGAAAGGUAUAGAUGUUAAUGAUAAUCUGGAUACCAAUCAACUGUCUGCCUUGAUAGAGAGGUUAGCCAUUGGAGAUUUCUUGAUGGACACACAAUGUAGUAGUUCUGCAUCUCCCUACAGCGGACAUUCAGACGGAUGGACUAAUUUAUGUGGACAGUUUAUGGCAACUCUUCCCACUGUAUCAGGCACUGUAUGUAAUGUUGGCAGUGAUUGUACAACUGUCUACUGUUGUUUGCCAGACACCAGAAUCGGCAAAAGUUUUGAGACAUUUGUGAAGUUUGAACCAUGUCUAUUCAGACUUAGUGUUGGAAUAGACAAACUAACAUUCAGUACACUCUUAUUUGAUUAUGAAUGGGGUCAGCUGACUGAAGUUUGGUUUUUUGGAUAUGUCAGAAUGGAGUUCACAGUAAGAGACUUAGAGAUGGAGGGAGAUUAUUUGAUUGAUAUGAAACUUCAGAUUUGUCGUGAGUCAGAUACAGAAACAACACCAUGUGGAGUUGAUAUUAUAAUCUUUGACAAAUACAGACUUCCCAAAUUGUCAUGUGACUGGAAUUCAGGACUAUAUUCAGAAUUCCAAGGAUUGACAACAUGGCUGACAGACAACAGUGUAACCAAGACAGAACCUCUGAGGGGAUCAGAAACAUCCAAAUUAAUGUCUGACUCUGGCAUAGCAUCUUAUCUGUAUGAACCAUCAUGUGAUCAACAGGGUAGUAUGUACUCUGGAAAUGUGGGAGGUGUCAAGAAUGAUUGUGGAACACCUGUUUCUGUCCCUGUUCUACCAUCAGGAGUUGUUUGUACUGUUUCCGCUGAUACAUGUACUGGUCUGGACUGCUGUAUCACCAUUCCACUAACAAACAAGACGAUGAACUUCCGUAUUAACAUAAACCAUUGUUACCAGGACAUUACUGUUGGAUUGGAAUCAAUGUACAGAGAAUACAAAUUACUGGAUUACACUUUUGGAACUAUGGAACAUUUCAACCUGAGAGGAGUUGGAAAAAUGGAAUACAAAAUAGAGGACUUCAUUGGUGAGGGAGCUUACUUGAUAGACAUCAGCUUUUCAUUCUGUUUAGAGACAGGAAGUUGUGAAUUUACAGAAACUAUCAUCCAGGGUGUCAAGUUCCCUAAAAAGAUAUGUACAUGGGAUGAUACAUAUAGGGUGAAAGACUUUUCACUGGAUCAAUGGAGUAGGGAGAGAUCUAUUGAUACAACCCAAGUUUACCCAGCUUAUUACAUCUCAGAACUUCUACAGAACUUGGACUUAACCAGAUACUUUCAAUUACCACAAUGUAACCGAUCUUCUGCUACAUAUGAUUCACCAAUCAAUGGCUGGAUAAAAGAUUGUAAUGACACAGAAGUCGUACCUAUUUCUACCAAUCCAAUGACAUGUCGACUGAAGUCAGACUGUGCUGCUAUCAGCUGUUGUUUAGAUGAGAAAUUUAUCAGCAAGACCUUUGUAGUGGUCUUUGAGAUAGAUGACUGUGAGAGAAAGAUAUACAUUGGAAUAGAAAAACUGAAGUUCUAUAUUCCUCUACAUGACUUUGAAUUUGAUACAUGGCAUGAAUUCAGUUUAGUAAAGACAAUCCGCAUAAGGUACAAUGUAUAUAAUCUAUGGAGUGAAGGAGUAUAUAUGGUGUCCUUGGAGAUAUCGUCCUGCUGGGAGAGGUAUGGUAGUUGUGCUUGGACCCAAUCUGUACUGGACUAUGCAAGGUUUAAAAAGCAGAUGUGUGCUUCACAAAUGGCAUACCAGAAUGCAGGCUUCUCUCUGACAACAUGGGCUACAAGUAGAAGCAUUGACAAGGAUGCUAUGACUAAAACGGACCUUACACGACUCUACGAUGAACUGGACAUUGCUUGGUAUCUAAAGAACACAUGUGACUUUGAAAUGUCACCGUUUAUAGCUAAUGGAUGGAAUAAUACUUGUAGUUCAACCAUUAACAACUUACCCAUGUUAUCCAGUGGUACUUCAUGUUAUAUAUCUGAUGUAUGUACAGAUGUAAGAUGCUGUGUUUCUGUACCAUUAUUGGGUAACCAUACAUUUGAUUUCUCACUUAAUUUGGAUGGAUGUACACAGUUCAUGGAGAUAAGUUUGGAGAAUUACAAGGAACAACUCAUGUUGAGGGACUAUACUUUUGGAGUGGAGAAUUAUCUGUGGAUUAAAGGAGUAUUGAGACUCAAGUACACAAUAGAUGAUUUGCCAGACCAGAAUCUGUACAGAGUAUCUGUUAUGUUUGAGGUGUGUACCACCAAUGGUGCACCAUGUGAGUACAGCCUCACAGUAAUGGACAGCAUUGAAUUACCUAGACCAUCAUGUCUCCCACAUUGGAGUUAUGGAUAUGCUGAAGUUGGUUUUACAAAGGAACAGUGGAAGACAAGCCGAGGCCUUGAAGAUGAUGCUACACUAAACUCCUGGCAGAUUUCCAAGUUAUUGGAAGAAACAGAAUUAGCUCUUUACCAAAACAAACCUCGCUGUAAUCGUACAAUGGGAGACUACCAAGGAUCUCAAGAUGGCUGGGUUAACAACUGUACACUAGGAGUAUCCCCUGGUGUCUUGGAUGGAGAUAUUGUUUGUUUGAUUGGUAGUAAAUGUUCUGAAGUGUCCUGCUGUGUCAAUGACCCUGAGACCAUGAGUGACUUCAAUGCCUACCUAAGUCUGGAUCCAUGUGAAUUCACCUUACUAAUUGGAGUAGAGAAAUACAGCUUCGAAGUCUCUCUCAUUGGUUUUGAUUUUGAGAAGAGUUAUGAGCUGGACCUUGGUGGUAUAUACAGAGUUAGCUUCUCUGUGGAUGACCUGAUGUACAGUGGAAUGUAUGUGGUCAACAUGACGGUCAGUAUCUGUUGGAGUAGUGGACAAGAUUGUCAGUUUGUGUCACAAGUUUUCCAGAAUACAUUGUUACCUAAACAUACAUGUGAUACACAGACAGAUUUUGCUCAAUCAGGAUUUAGUUAUAUCAGCUGGCUUAAUGACACUGGAUAUACAGAUGCCACACCACUGGUUAGUGAUGCCUUAGAUGACCUUGAAGAAGUCCUUGACAUAGUCAAGUUCUAUGAAUCUACUGGUUAUACUGUAGUUAAUGUCAGUAGUAAUGGCUGGAAUGAUGAAUGUGAAUUGGGCAUGGUAGAGUUACCAGACAUUUCUCCUGCAGCAAAUUGUACUCUUCAGCCACAUUGUACUGCUAUAGACUGUAGUAUUUUCUCACCAAGACUUGGCAGGAGUUUCCAUGCUGCUGUAGAUAUCGAUCCUUGUCAUGCUCGUAUGAUGGUGCAGAUAGAAAAAAUGAACUUCAAUGUGGGACUUCUGGAAAAACAAUAUGGAGAUUUGUGGCAAGUUUGGCUUAGAGGAAUUGUUAGAAUAGACUUCACCAUCAAUAACUUACUGAGUGAGAACAUGUACUUAGUAAACAUGAACUUGAGUGUGUGUUUUGAGUCGUCAGGGGCAUGUGAAGUUGGACCUGUGAACAUAUUUGUCAACACUUUACUGCCCAAGAAAACUUGUGAUUUCUCCAGUGACUUUGUUGUAACAGGGUUCUCCUUGGAAGCAAUGAUACAUACUUAUCAUUUAACUGAAGUUACCACACUACCUAGCUAUUUUGUACAGCAGGUUUUGAACACAGCCAGUGUGUCACAGUAUCUACUGGAGCAGUCUUGUAACAGAUUGACUUCACCAUUUGGUACGACUUACGACGGAUGGAUGAAAGGUUGUACUACUCAGUCCUUGACACUGGAAUAUAUUAAACCAACAGAGACAACCUGUUAUACGUUACCAGAUUGUACAGGGUUCCAGUGUUGUGUAGAUGCCUCUGUCAUUGGAAGGUCCUUCUUGUACAAAAUAUCUGUUGAUGCUUGUAAAUACAAAUUGACUGUCGCCAUUGAAGGGCUGGAAUAUGAACAGAAUCUCUUGACUUACAAGUUUGGUACACAAGAUAAGUUCUACAUAAAUGGUGUCUUCAAAAUGGACUACCAGAUAGAGGAAUUACCAAUAGAUGGGUCAUACUUGCUGACUGUAACACUGAGUGUAUGUUUAGAGGCCAAUGCUGAUUGUGCUGUACAGAGAGUAGUAGCUAGUAGUCUCAAGUUAGACAAACCUACAUGUACAUCUACUGGCCAGUUUGCCAUUCCAGGAUUUUCAGUGACAGAUUGGAAGGCUAGUAAAGGAUUAGGUACAUCAGAUGAACUGCCAGAGUAUGCUGCUUCUCUCCUCAUGAGUGAUAUGAAGAUAGCCAAGUACAUGAAGGAACCACAGUGUAUCAUUGCAUCACCAGGCUGGCAAUCAGGAGGUUGUCCUUUGACCAUUGACAAGCCAAUGCUCCAUGACAAUGUAACCUGCCAAGUUACCAGUAGUUGUACUGGUGUUAAGUGUUGUUUGUACACAGAGGAACUUCACCGUAACAUAGAUGUGCACCUUCUUCUGAACCCAUGUGACCAAAGAAGUUUACAGAAGUUCUACAUGGAAAAUGUUGUACGAGUAGAUUAUGUGAUAUACGAUCUGACCAACGAAUUCAAGUACCUUGUUGACAUGAAUGUCAGUAUCUGCUAUGAGUCAUCAGCACCAUGUGAAUUAGAAUCAAUGAUUUUCCAUAGUUCCGUCUUGUAUAAAAAGCCUUGUCAGUGGAAAACAGGCUUCAGAGAUCCUAAUUUUUCUGAGUCUGGAUGGAGAAAUGAGAUGAACAUUACAUCUGAUGCCCAGCUGUUCCCUGUAGACAUAGCCAGACUGACUGAGGCUCUAUAUGUUGGACCUUACCAGUCAGCCACACCUUGUCAGGGAUACAAUUCACCGUACACAGGAGCUAUUAAUGGAUGGAAAGAUGAAUGCUCAGCUUCUAAUUUGGAGAAUUUACCGUCAAAUACAAUGAAGUGCUACAUUCCUGCCACUUGUAGCUUUAUCAGGUGUUGUCAUGAAGUUAGUUUGCUGGGUACACCAAUGGAAACAGAGCUUGAAAUUGACUCUUGUAACUUUGAGCUGUCUGUCAGGAUUGAAAAACUGGAGUUCAAAGUUCCCUUCCAUGACUACCAAUGGGGAGUUGUACAAAGUAUGGACCUGUUUGGUUUGUUAACGAUGGACUUUGCCAUAGAGAAUCUAUAUGAGUCCAGACAGUUCUUGGUUUCUAUGAAUCUGACAUUAUCUUAUGAAUCUGCUGGACCUGUUGAAGCAGCUAACAUACUAAUGGACAAGGUCCUUCUAUCUAAGAAGCAAUGUGAUUGGAGCUCAGACUUCCAUAUAUCUGGUUUUUCACUGAACACGUAUUUGUUAAACAGAAACCACAGACCUACUGAUCCUUUGACACCAAACUUGUUACUACAGUUUAUGGAAGAUACCAACCUAGCACCAUUCAUGCAGGAUGAAAUGUGUAAUCAAACUGGUGCCCUGUAUAACAAUCAAUCAUGGACACAAGAUUGUGCUGCUAACCUUGCAUUGCCAACUUUAUCAGACAAAGUUAAUGGCCACAUAACUACUAUGUGUACAGGUGUGGAAGGUUGUAUAGAGAAUGAUUUGAUUAAGAGGUCAAUCCAAUUCUCCCUUCUACUGGAUCCCUGUUCAAACAGACUCAGUAUCAGUAUAGAGAGAGCAAGAUACAACAGAACACUCGAUGAUUUUGAAUAUGGUUUCUCUAAGACCCAGUGGUAUGCAGACAAUGGAAUACCAGACGGACAAGUUCUGCCUGACUGGGCAGCAUCAUCAUUCCUGAAUGACCUUCACAUUGCUGCUUAUUUACAGACAGAACAAUGUGGUCAGACUGAUCUUCAAUAUACAGAUGGAUGGAAUCUUGCAAACUUGAUUGAUGAUUGCUAA